AUGUCUGCAUUAUUCAAUUUUCAAUCGCUUUUGCAAGUGCUACUUCUCCUCAUUUGCACAUGCACGUAUGUUCAUAGCGUGACACCAGCACUUCUAGAUAACAGGAAAACAGGAGUCUUGAGUGUGUUUUACAAAUUUGCCAGAAUCGGAGAGAGAUUGAGUCCUUACGUUGCUAUUGGUUGCUUUAUCAUGGCUUUUAAUACAUUGAGUUCUUAG